AUGAAUGAAGGUGGAGGAGUUAAUUCAAAUAGUGGAUUUGGUGGUAUUAGUUCUUGUAAUAAUAAUAACAUUAAUAAUGGAGGAGCCACAUCUUCGGGACUGAUAAAUAUCAAUAAGGAGGAUCACAAACUAGUUGUAAAUCAGGAACAGCUACUUCUCAUGCAAAAGGAAUUUUCCAAGCAAAAGAUUCAUCAAAAGGAUUUAAUUCUUCCCGAUUUGAAUCAUAAUUUGCACUUUCACAACUCUCGUCGAGUUUCUGUCAUAAAGCAGAGAAGAGUUUCUCUCUCCUCACAAUCCUCAUCACCAACACAUUUUGUUCCAUUAGAGUUUUCGGAAUUAACAAAGAAAAGAUCAGCCUCUCCAGUUAAAACACAUCAACAACGUUCCUCAUCAACCAUUUCGUUUAAUCAGCAGCAUCGAAAAUUUCAAUCCUUUCAUUCACCACUAGCAUUGGAAGUUUCUAAAAGCAAACACAGCUCCUCUUUCACAACAAAAAAGGAGGAAGCCACAACUAUCAACUCUGCAACAUCUAUUAUCGAGAAUGAAAGUGAGGAAUUGUCAGAAGAUGAUUCAGAUUUAUUGACUAGUUCCGAAGAUGAGCAUCACUUUUCUACCUCGUCAUCUGAUGGAGAAGAGGAGGAAAUUGAAAUUCUUGCUCCUGAGGAAUCAAUUCAAGUUCAGAAUAAUGAAUUGGAAACAAGUGAUAGUGCUACAACUCCUUCAAUACCAGAAGAAAUUAAUGAGGUUCCAUUCAUUUCAGAGAAUUAUCGAGGAAAUCUACUAUUUGAUGCCUCAUUCGAAUCUGGUAAUUUGGACAGAGUGAUACGAGUCGAUGAGAAUGAGUAUGAUCUCUACAUUAGAGGUGAUACAUUCAGUGGAGGAAAACGAAUGUGGUACUAUUUCAAAGUUUCCAAUGUUAAAAAGAAUCAAAAGGUACUAUUCACCGUUACAAAUCUAUGUAAAGAUAAAUCUCUCUAUAGGAAGGGAAUGACACCUCUAGUGUCGAGCACGAGUAGACCUCGAUGGGAAAGAAUUCCUGAAAAACAAGUUUACUAUUACAAGAAAACGGCCAAAUACAACACCAUUGUGAAUAAUAGUAAUUUACUAUCAUUUGUAUUUAUAUUUGAUAAUGAGCAGGAUGAUUAUUACUUUUCCUAUUCAUUUCCUUAUACAUAUACUGAUUUACAAAAGUAUCUAUUUGUGAUUGAGAGUAAGCAAUUGAAAUAUUUUCACAGAUCUGUGCUGUGUAGAACGACACAGAAUAGAAAAUUGGAUUGUCUCACUAUUACUAGUGUUAAUAAUUGUAAAAAUCACCACUAUAUCAAUAAUGUAAAUUUAAACUCUAUAUUUGAAAACAUUCCUCAUAACACACCAAGUACAUCCACAAUGUCCGAAUUGACUGACAUUUCACCAACGAUUCUAACACCACCAAGCAUAGCGAAAAACAUUGUAAUCACCAAUGAACUCACCUUAGAAAGUCAAACUAAAAAGAGGAUUGUAUUUGUCACAUGCAGAGUUCAUCCAGGAGAAUCACCAGCAAGUUAUGUUUGUCAUGGAUUUAUCAGUUUUAUUUGCUCAAAUCAUCCAAUUGCAGUUCAAUUAAGAGAAAUGCUCAUUUUCAAAAUUGUACCCAUGUUGAAUCCAGAUGGGGUAGCUAUUGGGAACUAUAGAUGUUGCAGUAUGGGAUUUGAUCUCAAUAGACACUGGCUCAACCCUCAAGAAUGGUCGCACCCAACUAUUUACCACGUCAGAAAAUACUUGCUUCAACUGAAACAUGAUCCAAACUUUCAAGUGGACUUUUUCAUGGAUUUACACUCACACUCUGGAGCAAAUAAUGGCUUUAUGUAUGUUAAUUACACCUCGAAAACAUCUCCAGAUGAUCAAUUGAGAUUCCCAAAAUUGUUAAAUGCAAGAGCAAGAGAAUUUUCAAUGAAUGACACAAAGAGGUGCAGAGAUCCUUCAAAGAUGGGAGCUUCAAGAAGAGUUCUUGGUCAGGUUUUAAAUGUGGCAAAGUAUUGUUACACCUUGGAGGUUUCAUUCUUUGGGUAUUCGGCUGGUACAGAUGUCCAACCCUCUUCGAAACAUGUUCCAUUUUCGAUAGAGAACUAUUUCAACUUGGGGAAGAAUAUGUGUUUGGCACUGGCCGAUUUUUAUGGCAUUGAAACCCCUACAUCUUCAGAAGAUGUUUAA